UUGACCCCGUCACUCUUCAAGAUGGAGGAUGUAGAUUUUCUCACAAAAUACCGAGCCGUUUCCAGCAAAUUAAAGAAACGAUUUCUGCGGAAACCCAACGUUGCUGAGGCUAGUGAGCAGUUUGGGAGCCUUUCCAAAGAUCUUCUAGAACAUGACAACCCACACUAUGCUGGCUUCUGUUGCCUGGCCAUGGCAAGAUGUGAGCAGACCCUGUCCAAUUCCCCGGGAGAGGCCCACGCGCUGGUAGAAGCGGCGCGGCUGUUCCUGGAGGCAGAGUGCACCAAUCAGACGCUGAAGUGUCCCGGGUUCGAGGAGCAUCUCAUCGCUGCCAUGAACUGUUACAACUUCGCCAUCAAGGUUCACAUUGAGCAGAUACAACCUGCCAUGGCUGCCUGUCUAUGUCUGGAGUUGGGAAAUGCUCUCAGGGGUCUAAACAAACCAGACCAGGCAAUGUCAUACUACCAGAGAGCUGCAGACCUACAGUACCAGAACCCCCUAGACUGCCUGGAAUCCUUGGGACUGGUGGCUUCCUGCAAGAUACAAACAAGAGACUAUGAUGGAGCUCUGACCAUCUUCACAGAGAUGGCCUACCUGGCACAGGAGAGAGGAGGCUCAGCCAGUGGCCCAGCCUCCAGACCAAUAGGUGCAUUUUGUGACAUCCUGGCCAGAUGUGAGGUCACCAGAGUUUUGUUACUGAUGCUGUUACAGCCCACACCCCAGAGAAUCCGUCCUGAGCAUGCUCAGACCCUGGAGAGAUAUGCCUGGGAAUCUCACUCAGAAGACUCUGCACCAGUUAACUGCCUGAGUGAGGAAGUCUUCUUGUUACUACAGUCCACAGUGAUGGCAUGUCAGUCUAGAGAUGUCUCUGCUCUUAAAUCACUGCAGAAAGACUUAUGGCCGCACCUGACAGCUGAACAGAACCACCUGCUGCACCUGGUUAUACAGGAGAUGGAACAUCCUUCAGGGGAGGGGAUUUGAGCCUCGUUCACACCAAACCGUGUCUGAUCACGAUUCUCAUAAUCUACAUUCAUUGUUGUUGAUGAAAACACGUAAGGGAGCAUGUUAUCAAUAUCUUGGACCACAAAUGCUUCUGCUGUAUCCAGGGGCCAUGGUUUUU